AGCUGGUCCCAGAUGUUUGAGACCCUUCCCCUUCCAAAUAUCAAAUGGAUAGGAUAUGCCCGACUGCUCCUUCUCAGCCAGUAAGUUUGUUUGGUGGUAUGCCCGCCACAGCUUAGAUCGAAAUGGGAGGUAGUAAGAAGCACGUUGUCACCAGAACCGCUCCUUCUCUCGCAAUUGUUGAAACUAAUCCUCAUGACAACAGAGAUCUGGUUCUCAUUGAAGCACCGAUUGUUUCUUCUUACAAUGACCGGAUCAGGCCGUUGCUUGACACUGUCGACAGGCUAAGGAAUCUGAAUGUGAUGCGAGAAGGGAUCCAGCUUCCCACCAUUGUCGUGGUUGGUGACCAGUCUUCCGGGAAGUCCAGUGUUCUUGAAUCGUUGGCAGGCAUCAGUUUGCCUCGUGGACAAGGAAUCUGCACUAGGGUUCCUCUUGUCAUGCGACUUCAGCGAAGCACUAGCCCUGCUCCUGAGAUUUGGCUUGAGUACAGCGGCAAAGUUGUACCUACGGAUGAGGAACACAUCACUGAAGCCAUUUGUGCUGCAACAGAUGUCAUUGCUGGAUCUGGCAAAGGGGUCUCAGACGCUCCAUUGACCCUCCAUGUUAAAAAGGCUGGUGUUCCAGAUCUUACCAUGGUCGAUCUUCCCGGUAUAACUAGAGUUCCAGUGAAUGGCCAGCCUGAAAACAUUUAUGAGCAGAUAUCUGGGAUGAUCAUGAAGUACAUUGAGCCACAAGAAUCAAUAAUCCUGAAUGUUCUGUCAGCUACGGUCGACUUCACCACCUGCGAAUCAAUUCGCAUGUCAAGACAAGUUGACAAAACCGGUGAACGUACUCUGGCUGUCGUGACAAAGGCUGACAUGGCUCCUGAGGGUCUCUUGCAGAAAGUAACAGCAGAUGAUGUGAGCAUUGGAUUAGGCUAUGUCUGUGUCAGAAACCGCAUAGGAGAAGAGACGUAUGAAGAAGCUAGGUUGCAAGAGGAGUUUCUUUUCAGGACUCAUCCAAUGCUCAGCCUGAUCGAUGAUGACAUUGUUGGCAUCCCUGUUCUAGCUCAGAAGCUAAUGCUAAUCCAAGCAUCUAUGAUUUCUCGCUGUUUGCCUGAGAUUGUACGCAAGAUCAAUCACAAGAUGGAGACCGCUGUCCUGGAGUUGAACAAGCUACCAAUGGUAAUGGCUUCUACUGGAGAAGCAUUGAUGGCAUUGAUGGACAUCAUCAGUUCUGCCAAAGAGUCUCUGCUAAGAAUCCUCGUCCAAGGAGAUUUCUCUGAGUUUCCAGAUGAUCAGAAUAUGCACUGUACCGCUCGCUUAGCUGAUAUGUUAAGCAAAUUCUCAGACGAUCUGCAGGCAAAACCCAAGGAUGUGAGGGAGUUCUUGAUGGAUGAGAUCAAGAUUCUUGACGAAUGCAAGUGUGUUGGACUGCCCAAUUUCAUCCCCAGGUCAGCCUUCUUGGCUAUCCUGUCACAACAUGUUGAUAACGUACAUGACAAGCCAGUUGAGUUCAUUAAGAAGAUAUGGGACUACAUUGAAGUUGUUCUGUCAUCUGUGAUUGCCAAGUAUUCUGAAAAUUUUCCCCAGAUUCAGACUUCUAUCAAACGAGCGGGUCGAAACCUAAUCACCAAUAUAAAGGAACAAUCAGUGGAGCGGGUGAUGGAGAUCGUUGAGAUGGAGAAGCUGACAGAUUACACAUGUAACCCUGACUACAUGACGUCUUGGACUCAGAAAACUAGUGAACAACAAAACUUCAUUCAUGCUGUGCUAUACGAUGGGAAGAGGCCUGAGUACUUCUCGUUAACUGGAUUUGGGAAUGUGAAGAUUUCGCAUCUGCGAAAUUAUCACGCUCAUCUGCUGCAACAAGCCUUUGAUAUGAAGAUGAGGAUCACAUCGUACUGGACCAUCGUCUUGCGGAGGAUCGUGGACAACCUUGCGCUGUAUCUUCAGCUAUCUGUUAAGUAUCUGGUCAACAGUCAAUUUCAGAAAGAGAUCGUGGCGGAUAUGGUGCAUCCAAGAGCUGGAGGAGGAGUUGAGAGGAUGCUAGAGGAGUCCCCGUCGGUGGCGAGCAAAAGGGAGAAGCUGAAGAACAGUAUCAAGCUAUUGAAGGAGUCAAAGGAUGCUGUGGCUGCGAUUGUUGAUCAGAACUCUGGCUAUGGAGAUCGUUAAGCAAUUGCUUCUUUCACAAGCUUUUGGUGAAGUCGGCGGGUCUGGUUAUUGGGAUCGUUGAUUGAUUUGCUUCGGUUAAGUCGGGUCGGGUUUAAGGGCUCUCUGAUGGGUGUUUUUUUUUUGGAUUUGGGCCGUUUGUUUUUUUCUUUUUCUUUUGAACUAUCGGAUCUUGUUUAUGUUAUUGUCGUAACGUUUUAAGCUUAAACGUAUCGUGGUC